AUGCCCCGCUCGCAAGAAGCAGAAGCCUGGGCCAACGCCGUCUACGCCGCAGUCCAAGAAAUCCCACUCGGCAAAGUGACAAGCUACGGACACAUCGCAUUAUUACUAGGUGAACUUAUGCUUACAUAUGGCCAGCGCAACGACCACGCCAAGUCGGCGGAUGAUUUCGCACCGGUACCUCCCCUUUCGACCUUCAUAUUCUAUGCCCCUUUCGCAUUCGUUUCGCUGACGGGAGACGGCAGUGGACCUGGGAGCGCAGAGCGGCAGGCUGCGGCCCUGAGAUCGGAGGGCGUGGAGGUUAAGGAGGACAGUAUGGGGGAGUACUAUGUGGACUUGUCGAGAUUUGGCUGGUUUCCGAGGGAUCUGCCUAGUGAGGAUGGUGAUUCUGAUGAAGAGGAGGAGUAA